CUUUGAUAAUUUCAGUGUUUACAAAUCACCUGCAAAUUAAACGAUUACUAGGAAAACUUUUUCGCAUGACUCACGAAACAUUACAAAACUUAUUAUUUAUGCGUUACAAAGCGUAUUAUUCAUGCUUGUCCUCAAUACUUUGUCGAUUCUCCUACAAGUCGCGUUCAUUGUGUUUAUGAGUUUAGUUUCUAUGAAUAUAAUAAGACAGUUCAGUGGUGCAGCAAGAAAAAUGGCUUUAAUUGCUCCAGCGUUAUUCGUUAAUCACGGUGGCGGACCCCUACCCUUACUAGGGGACAAGGACCAUCAGGAACUUACAAAUUUUUUACGCGAUGGUGUAAAAAAACACGUUAAUUUAAAAGAAAUAAAAGCUAUAAUUCUGGUCACCGCUCAUUGGGAGGAAGACGUCGUGACGAUAUCCUCAGGUGAACAUCACAAUUUAUACUUUGAUUACUACGGUUUCCCCCCUGAGUCCUACAAAUACAAGUACGAUGCACCAGGAGACCCAGAUCUAGCGAAACGUAUUCAUGAGGCAUUGAAAAUUAAUGGUAUUAAAUCCAAGUUAGACCCAAAAAGAGGAUGGGACCAUGGAGUUUUCGUUCCAAUGAUGUUAAUAAAUCCAUCUGCAGAUAUUCCAAUCGUACAAGUGUCUGUAUUGAGUAAUCAAGACCCAGAAGAACAUUAUAAUCUUGGUGAAGCAUUACAGCCUUUCCGUAAAGAAGGCAUAGCUAUCAUAGGUUCCGGUAUGUCAUAUCACAAUAUGAGAGAAUUUAUGUACGGGAGAGAGAGACGUGAAGUUGUUAAUGCAGAAUUUGACAACUAUUUAUAUCAAGUAUGUACAUCGGAAGAACCGAAAGAAAGGAAGAGAGGGUUCAUAUCUUGGAGACAUGCAAAUGGAGCUACAGCUGCGCAUCCGAUAAGGGCUGCAGAACACUUUAUGCCUUUGGUGGUUGUAGCAGGAGCAGGAGGAUCUAAACCUGGUGAACGGAUUUUUAAUUGGGAUAUGAGUGCUACAUUUAGACUAAGCGGGUUUAUUUGGAAAGAUGAAUAGUUUGGUAAAUUGAUUUUACUUUUGAGUAAACAGUGUUAUCGUUUGCAAGUGCUUAAUAUGUUUGAUAUUUUUUAUAUUUUUAAAUAUGUGCUUCGGCAUCCGACAUCCAAAUCAAAAGAUGCAGAGUUUUUGCAUAUACGGUUGUUUUACAAGUCGCAACAAGA